AUGCUCCGCUUUUUGUCCGUUUUCUGCUUGGUAUUGUCUACUAAUUUCAACGUUGACAAUCAAUUUGCAAAAGCCGAACGAAAUUUUGGCUAUAGUUGUAACCAGAAUCCAAGAUGUUAUUCGGAUUUGGCCGGUAUUUAUUAUCUAAGUCUUAGUAUCACUCCGGUGACAUACGUAAUUAUGACGCUGAGGCCAGAUUCCAGUUAUACGUGGACUAGUAGUGAUCAACAAGAUAAUCCACUUCACCCUUACAGCGAUUCGUAUGGAAAAUGGGAAUGUCAGGAAAAUCACGAUGUUCAACUCAUAGAUUAUGACUUUGGAUAUACUAUACCAGUAUCACCUGGUGUCAUCACUGUGACAACAUGGUCUCUGAGUUUAAAAAAUGCAAGAUCGAUCACUGGUACAUUUAUCUUUCGGGAUUAUAAUAUGAAUACAACAUAUUUAGCGGACGCAGUGAAGUCUCAUCAUCGACAUUUAGAUCAAGAUCAUACUUUUACUUCAGCUUUAUUAUCGGUAGCCGGUUAUCAAAUUCGUAGUUUCUAA